UAUAUAGAGAAGAUCAUCAUCAGCUAGCAGUAAAAAUGGUAGAUGAACAUGAUCGAUUGUUGCCGAUCGCGAAUGUGGGUAGGAUCAUGAAGCAAAUCUUGCCACCAACCGCCAAGAUUUCCAAAGAAGCCAAACAAACAAUGCAAGAAUGUGCGACAGAAUUUAUAAGUUUUGUAACUGGUGAGGCAUCUGACAAGUGUCACAAGGAGAAUCGCAAGACAGUGAAUGGAGAUGACAUCUGUUGGUCUCUGAGUUCUCUAGGGUUUGAUAACUACACUGAGGCUAUAGUAAGGUAUUUACAUAAAUAUAGAGAGGCUGAAAGAGAAAGAGCUAACCAUAAUAAAGCUACUGCCACUGCUACUCAAGACAAAGAUGAAGAUGACUCAGACUACAAAAGUACCCAACACAAGCUUCAAACUGAGACUCCGACUCCAUUAGAGUUUAUGGUUCUUGAGAAGGGUAACAGCAGCUCUCCCAGAAAGCCAUCCUGAUGAUGAGCAAUCUUGCCUUCUAUUUUAAGAUGGAGAUCGAGGAAGAAGAAACAGCAAGACUAUAUGGAAUUCAGAGGUUUAAGAGACUUAGCUAGUAUAAUAAAGACUUCAAUUUCUUGAGAAGGUGUAAUGAUGAGUUAUGAGAAGAUUGGGGUCUACUGUAUCAAUUGGGUUGCAAGUCUGAGGUAACAUUAAUCUUUCUGGAACUGGUUUUUCCUGUCUUCUCCCAUGAAACUUAUAAUUUCCCUUUUUCUUUUUAAGUGAAGUAAUCAUAUUUGUAAUAUCUUAGCUUGUGCUUUGGAAUUUAGAAAAAAUAUACUUUCUAAGGUAAUUGCAUCUACCAGUCCUUGUGAUUUUGAGUUUUAGCUCAUAGUCUUUUUUUUUAAUAUAAAAAGAGAAGAAAAUUAAUUAAUUA